UUUUGCGGCGGACCGACAUGGCCGCGCUCAGGCGGGGGACGGCGUACCUCAGUUUCGUCAGGAGUUCAGUUCGAGCCAUCUUCAGCAGCAGUAAAGCUGCAGGCAGUAAACCUGGAAAAUGGACCAGUGUUCUGUACACAGGUGUGGCGUCUUUAGCGGUUGGUGGAGGUCUGUGUGCUGUACCUUUCAAACAGGUUGAAAAUCUGUCUCAUGACUCUCUGAUCAGAAGAGCAGCUUCUCUGGUGACCGACAGCUCCACCACUUUCCUGUCUCAGACCACUUUGGCUCUCGUAGAUGCCAUCACAGAAUACUCUAAAGCCGUGCACACACUCAUUGCCCUACAAAGGCGAUACUUAGCCUCACUGGGAAAACUGACCUCGGCCGAAGAGGAUUCCAUCUGGCAGGUGAUCAUCGGCCAGCGUGCAGAGAUCAAUGACAGACAAGAUGAUUGCAAGCGUUUGGAGUCCACCUGGAUCGGCGCGGUGAAGCUGUGUGAAACGGCAGCGGAGGCAGCGUACACGUCAGGAGCUGAGCAUGCGUCCGUCACGAUGAGGAUGAACAUUCAGGUGGCGCUGACGCAGGUGGAGGAGGCUCAGAAAAUCUCGCUGGAUGCAGAUAAGAAGUUGGCCGAGACGAAAGUCCUGGAGGUUGAGAGGAUGACACAGCAGGCUGCCAGUAAUGAGGAGGAGGAAAUUCCUGAGGCGUAUCUAAGAGAAGACUAAAGCAAAUACAACAAUCGUAUCAGCUUUACAAUUAGUGGAUAUGUUUUUUUUAAAAUUCUGGGCCAAUACUGGUACAGAUUAUAAAUUAUCAAGGAGACUGGGUCUGGAUAUUUGCAGCUGAUAUGCAUUUGUAGUAAAAAUUUUGAGAUCAGAAGUUACAAAACUUCAACACAAAUCUUCAUCGAAAUGCCAAUUGUUUGUGUUUGUUGAUGGGCUGAUAGUCAUGAUGUGUAGCCAAUCAGAUUCUGCUGUGGGCGGGACGUUGCUAAAGACCACAGCGUGACUACAGGUAACGAGAGCCAUGAGAGCCAAAAGAGCACAUUUAUUAAUUCACUUAUUUGAUCAGGAGUCCGAUACAGAUAAUCAAAAACAAAAAUAAAUGCUGAAUAUCGCAUCCGAUAAUUGGUCGCCUUCUUCCUACAUCGGCUUCUUGUUUUGAAUCUGUGACAUGUUUGCCUUGGUGAUUUGACUCAUUCAUAGUAGAUUGUGUUUAAACUUGUGUACUUUUAUGUGCAGGAAUACUGCAGUGCACUGCUGAGAGGUGAAUUUAGAAAAGCCCUUUUCAGACAUGCAAUAUGGAACAAGUGACGUAUAAUGCACUAGUGAAGCAAAAGUCUAAAGCUAUGUAACAAACUAACCCGAGCUUUCUAACAAACGCAACGAUUGUGUUGCGUUGUAUUCUGUGCAAUGACAUAUCUACCACUGAAUCUAUCAAUGGUAUAAGCUGUGACUCUGUAGCAGCUCACCUGUCUGAGGUGUGCUAAAGAUGCUUAGAUGCUGAAUGAUCCUCUCUCUGAUCAUUUGUAAUGAUAAUAGAUUAAUGUUCUUUCACAUGCUGCAGUCUGAAGCUGCAAGUUUGUAGUAAACUCAGAGGAAAGACUCCUACAAACAGCUGGAGCUACAUUAAUUGUAUGUGCCUAUUUGUUAAUGUGCAGUUCAGACUCGUCCUGUAUUAAAAGCAGAACAGAAACAUUCCUAUUUCCACACUAAUAAUACUGCAGCCAGCGUGUUCAUUCAAACAUGAAGCCGACAGAGUUCAUGUCUGAAAGGGGCUUUAAUAAGAGCAUCUCUAUAAUUUUCUUUUGAAAGUAUUUGGCCACGUAAGGGUAUUUAUUUGAUUAUUGAUCCUGUUGUCUCUCCGCUGUGUGUUGCUUCAAGACUUUUUGUGUUGUAUUUUGUUACAAUUCAUUGCAAUAAAAAUAUGGCACAUAAAAACAA